AUGAUUGUUGCAAUGGAGGGUGACGGGUCAUCUGGUGGAGGUGCCGUCGCGGGGUAUGGUGGCGAACCUUCGAAUGAUGGUGUUGGAUCAAGAGGUGGUGGCAGGCCACCAGAUGAUGGUGUUGACUCAAAACACAGUGGUAGGCCAUCAGAUAAUGGUGCUGCUUCAAGAGAUGUUGGCGGGCCACCGGAAAGUGGCGCUACUUCAAGAGAUGGUGGAGAAGCUGGAGUGUUGGUUGCUACCAACGACGCCAUCGGGUGUAUCGGGCUAUGCGGUGGUUCCGAUGGCUCACCCGUUGUCUUCUUCAUCAUGCGUGGUUAA